AUGGAUUUGGAAUAUCAGAUUAAGGCGGCUAUCCUUAAGGCCACGAAUGAGCGGCUGAGAUCUGACAACUGGCAGUUGAUCAUCGACGCCUGUGAUUUGGUCCGAGAAGACCCUGAAGACGGUGGUGAAUAUGCCAUGGAAGUCAUUGAAGGCCAGCUGGAACAAAAAGAUGCCAAUAUAAAUUUGCGGACCUUGCCACUCAUAGUGGCUCUAGCGGAAAAUUGCGGCUCAAGGUUACAACAGGCCAUAUGUUCAAAGCAUUUUACAGGUGUUCUGCGGUCGAUCGUUGAAGACAAGAAGAAACACACUCUUGUGCGACAACGUGUUGCCAAGAUGGUUGCGCAACUAGCUGAAUCUUUGAAGAACGAUCCGUCUUUGAAGUCGAUACGGGAUUUGAAUUCGUCUAUUCGAACCGCAUAUCCCGCGCUGUUGGAACAGCCCAACAUUCCUGGAAAAAAGGACUUGAGCAGCGAAAGUAGAGAACGAGAGGAAAGAGAGCUUGAGCAAGCUUUGAAAGCUUCUCUUCAAGAUUUUGAGCUGUCUCCUAAGGAAGAGAGCAAGGAAGAGAGCAAGGAAAAGACUCAUAGUUCACCCAAUUUUGAGGGCCAAUAUCAAUCGCAACCGCCUAUUCAAAGAGUCAGGGCACUUUACGACUUGGUUGCAAGGGAGCCGGAUGAGCUCUCUUUCAAGAGAGGCGACGUGAUUAUGGUUGUGGAACAAGUUUACUGUGACUGGUGGAGGGGCAGCCUGCGCGGAAAAAUAGGCAUCUUCCCAUUGAAUUACGUUUCCGAAAUUUCUGAACCUAAUAAUGAACAAUUACGUCAAGAAGCAGAAGAAGAACAGAAAUGUUUUGAACAAAAAUCUAACAUCGAUCGGCUACAGAAGACAAUGCAAGCGGCAGGUGGGAACUUUGAAGUAACUCAGGAUCCCGAAGUUAACAGGAUAUACGGUAAUGUGACACCGUUAAGACCUCAGAUUACGAAAUUGCUGGGCAAAUAUGCGCAAAGAAGAGACGACCUUGCAUCGUUGAGGCAACUAUUAUCAGAAGCAGAGGCAUCUUACAAUCAGAUGUUAGAUCGCGCUUAUGCGCCAUUGUCGCCUAAAAUAGAAACGUCUCCUUAUCGUCCUUCAGCUCCAAGAGCUCCUGAUCAACGCUGGCAGUUGGGAGGCCCUGGCUAUUGA